AAGUCGGUCGAGCUGCUACGGUGGAAGAAAAUGACAGGGCGCGCGAAAAGAAAGCUCAAAUCCAUUCAGGAGUCGGGCAAAGGUAACAGAGAGGUGAAGAAACCUCGUGCUGAUGACUUCAAAGCCACGUCCACAUCUGAAGUGUCUCCACAGCAACGUGAUGAGAUCCUGCAGCUCUACAAGCUGCACAUGCCUGAAGACUUCUACCAUUUUUGGGACUUGUGCAAGGAGCUUUGUCCUGAUAACCCCUGUGGUGCGCUGAAAGACACACUCGGUUUACAGCUGGUUGGUCCCUUUGACAUUCUGGCUGGAGCUCACCGAAACUGCAAGAAUCCCUCCCCUAACUUCCACCUUCACUGGAGGUAUUUCUAUGACCCACCAGAGUUCCAGACCAUACUGCAGGGCAAUGAGGAAAGCCAGCAACAUAUCGGCUACUACAGAGAUAUUCCAGACUCCCUCCCUUCCUUUGUUGGGGAGAAUGAAGCCAAGCGUGGCUGCACUAUAACACAGAUUGGAGAUAAUAUCUUCGCUGCGGUUCACCUGUUUCUGUCGAGGAAGAAGAGCGAGAAGGGCAGUCGGAAAACAGGGGAUUUUGAGAGCCUAGAGGCAAAGCUGAGAGAGCGAUCGGAGACUCUGAACCUCUCUCUAGAACAGAAGACCAAAGGAAUGAAGCAGCGGGACAAGAAGGUGGUCACCAAAACGUUCCAUGGUGCUGGCAUUGUUGUGCCUGUAGACAAGAAUGACGUGGGGUACAGAGAACUGCCAGAAACUGAUGCUGCUCUCAAAAAGAUCUGCAAGGCUAUCACUGAUGCCCAGAAUGAUGAAGAGCGCAUCAGAGCUUUUAAACCUAUCCAAGAGAUUGUCACUUUUGUUCAAUUUGCCAAUGAUGAAUGUGACUACGGCAUGGGCUAUGAACUAGGAGUGGACCUCUUCUGUUUUGGAUCACACUAUUUCCACAAGGUUGUCAAGCAACUUCUGCCCAUGGCCUACAACUUACUGAAAAGGAACUUGUUUGGAGAAAUUUUGGAGGCCCACCUCAUCAGCCGUAGCCAUGACAACCUGGACCAGCUCUCCUCUUGUUAAAUAUGUCAAUUCCUUUACCAUUUUCCGCUUGAUGUCAUCCCAUUUUCUACUGUUUGUUAGUGUUUGUCACUAAUUGGUUAUUUUGGUGCUGCUGUUUUUAAUUGGAUCACUACAGUUUUUUUCA